GCGCAAGGCAGCUUCGAAAAGCUAAGGGCAUAUACUGCGUUUUGGGUGUUUCGUUUUUGUUUUUUUUGUUUUUUCUAUAUAUGUGCUGCUUCUGUCACUUAUUGUAAAACAUGACAUGUAAUCUUUCAGUGUGUCAAGGUACCCACCGAUGAAAGAGCGAUUUCUAUCUAUUUUAAACAGACUCGAGACAAGUUACCGUUGACAAACUGCUGCUUUACCAAGGAAAGCUAGCCGGAGAAUAGCUUACACAUCUGUUUACGUGCAGCAUGACUACUCUAACAAGACAAGACCUAAAUUUUGGACAAGUGGUUGCUGACAUUCUGUGCGAGUUCCUGGAAGUCGCUAUUCAUCUCAUUUUAUAUGUCCGUGAAGUUUAUCCCUCUGGGAUAUUUCAGAAGAAAAAGAAAUACAAUGUACCUGUGCAGAUGUCAUGUCACCCUGAGCUGAAUCAGUAUAUCCAAGACACACUACAUUGUUUAAAACCUCUCAUUGAAAAGAACGAUGCAGAGAAGGUUGUUGUUGUCAUCAUGGACAAAGAGCAUCACCCUGUCGAGAGAUUUGUAUUUGAGAUUUCACAACCUACUCUUCUCUCUAUCAGCUCGGAUACUUUGCUUUCACAUGUGGAGCAGCUUCUGAGGGCAUUCAUACUGAAGAUCAGUGUGUGUGAUGCUGUUUUAAACAACAACCCACCAGGAUGUUCUUUCACAGUGCUUGUCCAUACCAGAGAUGCUGCUACACGUAAUAUGGAGAAGGUUCAAGUCAUCAAGGAUUUUCCAUGGAUAGUCGCUGAUGAGCAGGAAGUUCACAUGAAGGAGCCGAGACUCAUUCCACUGAAGUCUAUGACGUCUGACAUAGUCAGGAUGCAGCUGUAUGUGGAAGAAAGAGCCCAGAAAACGUAGACCACUCCGUUGCAGAAACAGCAGAUGCUGCUGCAUGAGCUAAUCUGUGGCGACGGCAGCUCAUGGCAGAAUGCUUAACAUGUCCUGUCAGGGCUGGAUCGAUGAGUUUUUGCUGAACACUUGACAUCAAGCAUGAAAUAUUCCUCUUGGAAUCAAUUUAAGGUGCAGGCAUUUUGCUGCAGCUGGUGUAAGGAGUCUGAAACAUGAUGUCAUCUGUGAAAAAUCAGCUUCUCAGUCAUGAAGAGCUGGUGGAUUUUUGUGUAGUUAUGUCUGUAUUACCAUAAAAUAUAAGAUGAAAAUGAAAUAUUUAAAAGGAGGGUGGAACACACUGUCUGUGGUCUUUAGUUUAAACCUGAUUCUGUUGACCUGUUACUGUAAAUAUGUCAUCCAUCUCACUGUUUAUUUUUACAGUAUCCUAACUUGGUGUUUACAGUAGCAUCCGUCAGAAAUGCGUCAGAGCUGCAGAAGGUUUAAGUUGGACUUUUGCAUGUUAAAUGCAUAUAUGUGUAUACAUUUGAUGUUUUAAAUAUUCUCAGAGAAAUCAUCAAGACUUUUAAACUGCAAUAAAACUUUUUAAAGCA